AUGGUGGAGAUCGAGCGGUUGCGUCGAUGGGUGUGGGCUCAAGAGAGUAAAUUUGAGAAUGAGGUUGGGCUCGCAAGCCACCCGAGGUGGGCUUCGGAGCUUGUUCAGGGUGCAUGGGGCGCACCACCAGACGGUGACCAGGGUAGUCAACCUGAACGUGACAUCGGAACCCCUCUUGGGUUGCUUGCCAAGUAG